CUCAGUAAAUAAAAAGAUAGAUGGACUUUCACUUGUUGUGAGAUAGUGGGUUGCAAUUUUGUUUAAUUGUGCUAGAACUAGGUUCAAGAUUAUCUCAUUUUUAUGUUAUUGCGAGAUAAUCCUUUAAAAUAAUUAGGAUUUUGUGAGCGAUUAUCAAGACUUUGAGAAACAAAAUAAAUUUUUUAGUUUGUUGUUGUUCAUCCAUAUCAACCCAACUGAGGGGUGGUGGAAAUAAACAAUUCAUGUUAAAUUUCUUUGGCAGGCGGCAGAAGAUGCUGAUAAGCGUGAUAUGAGGCUUACUGUACAUCAGUGAGACGUUUCACAUCAUGGCUGAAACUUGUUAUUUUCCAGUGAUUCGUAAGAAGUAUAGUCCCGAUUCGUACCGCAACGAGCCGUUACACCUCGCGGCCGCCGAAGGAAAUCUGGAACUAGUUGCUGAUGCCAUAUCGAAUGGUUCGAAUAUCUACCGGCAAGUUGGUGCCGGAGAAACCAUGCUACACGUUGCAAUUGCCAACAAACAGUGGGACAUCGCGAAGGCACUUUUGACUCAAUUUAAAGAAGAUUUCCAAAAGGUGGGACAACAUGUCAUAAGUAAAUCCUCUGAACUGGCAAAAGAUAAAUUUUGGCUGCGUAAAUUCGUAUACGUUUCAGUUGGAGAGGAUCAGUACCAACGAGUUAUCAAAUUACAGACAGAAAAUGGGAUCACCGAAUACGAUGUCACUAAAAUUCACUUAGUCUUGGUUCUAGAUGCUGAAGCUGAUUGUCGUGUUGUGCCUAUUCAUCAAACGGAAACAAACGCUCAACAGGUAGAAAGUUUGUUAAAGGUUCUAAAACCAAACGGAUAUCUUUCAUGGAACUGCAGCGGGGAAAGAGGGGAAUGCGACACUUUGUUGCAGCUGGCAGCCUAUAUUGGCGAUCCUAACUUAGUUCGAAACUUGAUCGAUAGUGGAGCUAAUCCAUCGGAAGCCGGUAGGAUGGGCUUGACUCCUUUGAUGGAAGCUUGUCAUACCUUGAAUAUGACCAUCGUGAAAGUCCUGUUAGAAGAGUACGAAAGUAUCGUUGAUCCGACGAUGCUUGACAAAGUCAAUCAAUCUGCUCUCCUCCAUGUUCUUCAACGCGACGAUGCUGAGGCGUUUGACUAUGUGUUGGAGAAAACAAUAAAGUACAGGACCAACAAACUUGGUGAAACUGAAAGUGAAGCCUUCAAUAAAACAUUUUACUUAACAGAUCCACGUUUUCCCGAAGUAUCUGUGUGGGCGCUUACUAGUUCCAAAUCUUGUGCCUUCAUUGAACAGUAUCUAGAACGCUAUGGCUACGAUUUGUCCGUUAGAUCUGGUACUAGGCAGAUGCUUAUGGAACUUAUCAUACGGCACACUGCAAAAGGCUUCUACCAAAAAGAGAUCCGACAAAACCCAGAUCUUCUAGAUGCGACCGCCCAAGGAGAACAAUUCAAUGUGCUCCACUGCCUUUUCACCAGCAACGAACUGGAAUUCAUCCAAGAAUUGUACACUACCAUGGCUGGCAAAUGCUUAACCGCUUUUGAGAAUGCAGGAGCGAUCGAAUGCGUAACAGGCAUUCUUUCUGGAUGCAGAGUUGAGGAGUUAAAGUUUUUACUGCUACAUCACAAAGAAUUCUUACGAUCUAUUGUGGACCAGAUCGUGGAUGGAUUCUUCGACGAAGAAAUCAUACCAAAAGAUAUGUUUGACGAACCGAUUCAGCUUUUGGUCGAACAUUUCCCCGAAGUAGAAUCCAGCGUUUUGGAGCUCAUCAGUAAAAUUACCGAGCAGGAAAUGCUAGCCGAAUUGGAAGCCGAUGCUAGGUACCAGUACGACGUUGCUUUAACCAAGCGAAUGAUGUAUUUAGAUUGAAUUACUUAACAAUAACAUUAACGUUUAAGUGCAAUAAUGGGUAUUAUUAAAUAAUAAAAAUUGUGC